GGGCACGCAAUCAAUUCAUGUUACUGCAAAUGAAACAGUUUGCAAAUCUAAAUUAUAUAAUAAAGAUCGAACAGUAUGAAUAAGUAUUGCCAUAGUAAUUGAUCCAUAUGCUUCAGGUAGGUAAACAGAAUGCCGAGAACGAGACAUGAAGAGACAAGAAAACAGAACUAUGGAGACCAAACAAUAUGCAACUUCACUGAAAUGGAUUCUGAUUACGUUUAAUAUUUUUCUUCAUUUGCCGCAGUGUACUGGCGAAAGCAACAGUUCAGUAUGGCAUGAGAUAAUGAAAGUUCUCAAAGGAAAUAGUUACAAUCGUUAUUUCAGACCUGAAAAAGAAUCAGGAAAUAUUACAGUUGUCUUUGUGAACGUGUAUGUUGAAGCUGUUGGAAUGAUGGAUUCCAGUAAGGAAAUGCCGUUAUUUCUUGUGGUCACAGAAACCUGGACAGAUAAACAACUCGUUCCAAAUGAGGGGUCCCAAGGUAAUUUGCUUUUUGAAGAGAGAUUGGUGCCUUUGUUCUGGACACCUAAAUUGUUGCUGGGCAAUGCCGGAACCCAACAAGAUGUUAAGGUUUAUUCAAAGAAGAUAGUCCUUAAUCCAAAUGGUAAACUAACACUAAGUUAUAGAGUAAUUUUUCCAGUUUCAUGCCAAAAACAUAUCAACUUAUUUCCCCUGGAUGGACAAAUUUGUAGCAUCAAGAUAAAAAGCUUUUAUUAUCCUGUUGAAGAAGUACAAGUUAAAUGGGAAUCAAACACAGACUGGCAGAAAUCUUUGGAUAAACUGGAAAUAUUUAAUUUUGAUUUGGCGAAAAUUAAACUAACGGAAGAAAAUACCACUCAGUUUGGACAGAACUGGUCCCAGAUUGAAGCCUCUUUGCAUUUACAAAGGAAAUUCAGUUUACAAAUCUUGGCAAUCUAUUUUACCAGCACUAUCUUAGUGGUUGUUGGCGGUUUGUCAUUUUGGAUUGACACUGAAAGCACUGCAGCCCGUAUGUCCCUCGGUUUGAUCACCUUACUCACUCUUAUAACUCAUAACUCCAGCCUACAUCCAGCAAAACACUAUUUUGCAACAGGAAUGCUUGGAAUUGAUAUAUGGCUUAUUAUAUGUCUCAUCUUCGUCUUCUCAGCCUUAAUCGAAUUCAUUUUACUUAACCAUUCAAGAACUUCCAAUGCAAAAUUAAAAACUACUAACAACCAAACAUCACACGAUUCAUUGUCAAUGAGUGAACAUGCAAACACGAGUUACAAAGAAGAUAGCUUUUCAAACGGAAUGGUUACAGAAAGAGAUGUUGAUGAAUACAAAAUAACUGCUGCUGCUGCUGACAAUAAAAACGUUGGUAAAAGAAUUAACAAAGCUGAUCAAUACUGCAAAAUUAUCUUCCCUGUAGCUUUCAUAUUUAGUAAUAUUAUCUAUUGGAUGUGGCAUUUCUACUAACCACUAUUAGCGCUCUCUCUCUCUCUCUCUCUCUGAAAUAUUCAUAUUUAAGACAUUUAUUAUAUAACUUUUAAAAUAUUUUUUUAUUAAGCAUGGCCACUGCUCGUGAGCUGAAACUAAAUAAAAUAAAUAACUACAUCAAUAUUUUUAUUUAUUCUGUACUGAGUGCUAUUUCAUUCAUGUAGAGAAAGUCAUGAACAUCAUACUGUCACUUUAAAACAUGUGAUUUUGUGCCUAGCUAAAAGGAAACAACACACACACACACACACACAUACAUACAUGAAUAUAAUUUAUAGCAAAUUAUAUACAUGAAGCAAAUGUUCGGAAAGUAAAUUAUGAAAACAGGUUUCAAUUCAUGGUUGAAACCGAUUCACUUCUUUUAAUCUUCUAAGAAGUGAUGGUAACAGAACUAACGAAGCUGAUCGUUACUGCAGACUUAUUGACCCUCUAGCUUUCGUAUUUACCAACAGAGCCGGCUUUAAGCCAAACAGGCAGAAUCAAAUUAGGCCCCGCGCACACGCUCGAGCGAAGGAGGCUAUGAGGACAUUUUGUAUAUCAUUGUGGCUAACAGUCGAGCUUCAAGCCCCCAACACUUUUUGGCUGAAACUGACGUUCUACACGAAGCAUAAAACACCAAUCUUCAGCUUUUGUAGAGUAGAGGGCCCCACUGACAAUUCUUUAAUUUGUCCCUGCUCUGCUUAUCAAUAUCAUGUAUUGGAUGUGGCAUUUCUAAAAAGCACUAUCGUCUCCUGUAAAUAUAGUCUGGUUUUA